AUGAGCGUUGACAAUCGCCCUAGACUGCCAGUACUGCCAGUGCUCCUGCUGCAGAAUGCUUUCCUGUCAGCGCUCAUCGCCCUCCACCCGAAAGGGCCUGUGAAGCUAGCAGCAUUCGCAAUAUACACCUACAGUCUCGGACUGGUGCUCACCAGUACCACCGGGGAUCUUCAGCAGAAUUAUUCUCUUGGCUGCUCCUUCGCAUCGCAGUUCUUCACCGCAUUCCACCUCCUGUGGCUUACGGACCCCUUGAACGACCUGCGCCACGAGCGCGAAUAUAUUGCGCCUCCAGCGCUACCGUUCCUGCGCCGAGUGUAUUGGGCAUCAUGCGUCAUGUCCAGCCCACGCGGAGUAGGAUGGAAUUACCAGGUCGCAAACGUACCUCCUCGUCCUAGCGAACCACGCUGGACGUUUGUGCGCUAUCAGCUACUGUGCGCAUUCAGAUGGUACUUGCUCGUCGACCUCGCACAGACCUACCAGCGCUCCAACCCAUCAUUCUCCCAGCAUGAUGCCAACCUGUUCUCUUUGAGCGCCCAAGACUACAUUCAGCGAUGCGUCAACAUCGUCGCGCGGUUUAGCCCGUCGUAUGGGAUGAUCGCCAUGCCCUAUUGUCUGCUCUCCGCGCUGUCCGUCGCCAUGGCAUGGUCCCUGCCCAGGGACUGGCCCACCGUGUACGGAGCGUGGGCCGACGCACACACACUGCGGCGAUUCUGGGGGCGCACCUACCAUCAGUUGCUACGCCGUUACACUGCGUCAAUGGGCAAGGCGUGCUGCCGCCUGCUGGGACUGCGCCAGGGCUCCUGGGCGUCGUCGUACACGCAAUUAUAUGUCGGGUUCGCGGUGUCGGGCCUAAUGCAUUGCGGCGGCGACUUCAUGGUCAGCCCGAAGCUGUUCGGGGCGUCGUUCCCGUUCUUCAUCGCCCAGGCAGCGGCGAUCUCACUCGAGGACGCGGUCGUUGGCUUGGCGAAGCGGACCGGUAUGCAGGCGCAGUGCCCGGAUGGCCUUGCGCACGCGCUUGGAUAUGUGUGGGUGUUCGUGUGGCUGAACAUAUCGAUGCCGUUGUACCUCAACUGGUCGAUGCGUGCGGGGGUGAUUGACACGAGUCGGAUGCCUUUCUCGCUGGUGACGAUGCUUGUCCCUACUAUCACGACUGGUGCGGCGCGGCUCCUGUCCUUGACAGCACUUUCUGUAAAGGCGUGA